AUGAAUUCAGAAAAAACUUGCUUUAUUCUUCGAAUUAGUGUUUUUUACCUCCUUUCAACUGAUGUCUCACACUCCUGGAAUUUAACGUCUUUGAACAUAUCGGAUAACGUUCUAAUAUGGAGAUUUACUGUGUGGAAAAAUCGCGCUUUUCUGGCAAUUCCCAGAUCGGCAAGUAAAAAGCAAGAAGAAUGGAAACCAACUCUGGUAGAAGUUUCUUGGCCUGAAAUUAAUUUGCCAUUAAACGUUGCGAAUGCGAUAAUCUCCCCAAAGCCUUUCCCUAAAAGCGGAUCGUCAAAGCGGGAUUAUGAAACUCUCAUAUCCGUAACUGGAUUAGACGUGGAUGCUCGAGGACGAUUAUGGGUUCUAGAUACACCCAAUGGAUAUGAUCGUUGGCCUCGUAUCAUCAUUUACGACUUGAAACGAAACGAUCGAUUGGUAUCGUUUACCGAGUUGACCAAAGUGUCUUCAAAAUAUUUAAAGUCUCUCGUAAUUGGUCCGUUUGAAGAUCAAUGGGGAUUUCGUGGAUAUAUUGCAGAUGCCGGUGACGAAACAAUCAUUGUUUACAGUUUGGGUAAUUCAGGAUUACGCAAAUGGUGGAAACUGAGAAUGUCGCACGGACCCGAAAUUCCUCGUGUGCAAUCUACCGACCUUGCUGUUUCUCGGAUGAAUUCAAUUUUAUAUAUGACAGGACAUAAUUCGCACGAUCUGUUUAGCAUCAAUCUGGAUAGGAUUCGUACAGAUAAAUUAUUACGUACAUCUUCACGCGUACUACAAAAUGUAACAGUGACCUGGCUUGGAAAGAAAUUAGGCUCUUCCGUAGGACUGUUCAGCGAUUUAAAAGAUGGCCUACACUAUUUUAUGACUUCAGAGAGAGCCAGCGUGCGAUGGGACACUAAGCUUCCUUUGAACGUAAAUUAUUUAAUUCAAUCCCCUUUAAAAUUUCAGGCGCAGAGUCAUUCGGUUCUGGUACAAAACGAUGACGUCCCGUGUAUAACCGAUUAUAUAAUGGAUGCACGAAAGAACGUAUGGGGUCUGGUAAAUUCGAAAUGUCCCGGUGCAACGAAAGAAGAAACUUCGAGCAAUUCAACACUUAAAUCUAGAACAAUUAAAAUCCAAAAAUACUCUUUUGCAAUGCAAUAAUCAUA